AUGUCCUUAUGUUUCAUCCCAAACAGCCUGGCCAGGCAGAGGAACCUUGAGGAUGAGGAAGAGCAGCAAAGGGAGCGAAGGCGAAGGAGCCGGAACCUGCUGUCCUCCACAUCGGUGGAUGAAGAACCUCCCAGCUCUGUGAAAGACACCAGUCCAGCUUCCAGCAGACCUCAAUCCCUAGUGAAGCCAGUGUCUCCGGAGGACAACGAAGAGCACAAGCUCUCAGAGGUGCUGAAGACACAAGAAGGGAGACGGACAAGGUCCCUGAUGUCUGUCUCUGAAAAACUGAGGCAGGAGAAGGAGCAGCAGGGGGGGGGGAGCCACAUGGAGGCAGGGACGCAGCCACGCGUGGGGCAGAAGAGCAUCGAGGCUGGACAGCGGGGUCAGGAUGUGGCCAAGGGCAGAGGGGACCCACCAGGAAACCAGCAGCUGGAGCUGGCCUCGGAGAGGAAGGUGGUGGUGAGGGGACGGCUCCAGGACAAAGAAGGACGAAGUGUGGGGACGUCUCGAGGGGAGCCGAGGAAGGAGGUGGGGGAGCCACAGCAGCGGGCACCGCCAGAGCUGGGGGGCUGCCGGCUCCGCGAAGUGAAAAUCCUGACCAGACAGGGCAGCAGCAGCGUGGAGGAGAAGACAGCCUCGGUAGUGACCUCAUCUUCGGAACAGCAGCCACCAUCCAGGAAUCCCUCAAAGGAGGUAAUACAGCUGACUCUUACCCAAGAUGAACCUGUAGAAAAGUCAGAUACUUCUCCAACUCAUGUCAUCUACAGCAGCUCCAUCAGACGAACCAGCCCAAGAACUGUCUCCUUUCGGGUGAUCUCAAGAAAACAGAAAGAAGAAAGCCAAAGCCCUCUCACAAGGAGUGCGAGUAUGAGGAUCCCAGGUAGCAGCACCACCAUUGAGGAGAAGCUGGAAAAGUACACGUCGGCCGUGCAGCGCUCUGAGGUGGCAAAAUCAUCCCUGACUAUUCAGAAGAACCUCAUGCCAUCCUCGGAGGGGGUGGCCAGCAAGCGCAACUUCUUCGAGGCAAGCGCUCCCAGCAAGGCUGAGCCACUCACUGUCAGGAAGGACAACCUGAAGAUCCCAGGAUCAGUGACAUCCCGCAUUAAUCUGUGGAUCAGCCGAGCUCAGGAGCCUGCCAAGGAGGAAAAGAGCAAGGACGUUAGGAAAAUAAACAGCCUGCCAAACCGUGACGUCUGGGUAAAACAGCCUGGAAACACCCCUGGAGACACCAAGGUAGACAUGGAGCUGCUCUGA